GUCGAUGCGGCGGGCCCUAGUCGGCGGCGGGGGCCCGUGAUCGGUGCGCGACCCGGGCUGGCGGUGGUUUCCGGUUCCGCGGGGCUGGCGGGCGAGCGGGCGGCCGGGAUCGGCGGCGGCGGCGGCGGCGCUUGACAGACAAUGAGGGCGGCGGGGCGGCGUUGAGCGGCGGCGGCGGCGGCGGCGGCGGCGAGCGACGCGGGGCCCGGGGGCGGGGCGGGGCGCCAGCCAUGGACAAUCAGUGCACCGUCCAGGUGAGGUUAGAGCUGGGGCACCGUGCCCAACUGCGCAAGAAGCCCACCACGGAGGGGUUCACUCACGACUGGAUGGUGUUUGUGCGCGGCCCCGAGCAAUGUGACAUCCAGCACUUCGUGGAGAAGGUGGUCUUCUGGCUGCACGACAGCUUCCCCAAGCCCAGACGCGUGUGCAAGGAGCCCCCCUACAAAGUAGAGGAGUCGGGGUACGCUGGCUUCAUCAUGCCCAUCGAGGUGCACUUCAAAAACAAGGAGGAGCCGAGGAAGGUCUGCUUCACCUACGACCUGUUCCUGAACCUGGAAGGCAACCCGCCCGUGAACCACCUGCGCUGCGAGAAGCUCACCUUCAACAACCCCACCACGGAGUUCCGGUACAAGCUCCUGCGGGCCGGCGGGGUGAUGGUAAUGCCCGAAGGAGCAGACACGGUGUCCAGGCCCAGUCCCGACUACCCCAUGUUACCCACAAUUCCACUCUCUGCCUUCUCUGACCCCAAGAAGACCAAACCAUCCCACGGCUCCAAGGACGCCAACAAGGAGAGCAGCAAGGCCUCCAAGCCGCACAAGGUGACCAAGGAGCACCGGGAGCGGCCCCGCAAAGACUCCGAGAGCAAGAGCUCCUCCAAGGAGCUGGAGCGUGAGCAGGCCAAGAGCUCCAAGGACACCUCACGGAAGCUGGGCGAGGGCCGGCUGCCCAAGGAGGAGAAGGCGCCACCGCCCAAGGCUGCCUUCAAGGAGCCCAAGAUGGCCCUGAAAGAGACCAAGCUGGAGAGCACGUCCCCCAAGGGUGGGCCCCCGCCCCCGCCCCCACCCCCACCCCGGGCUUCCAGCAAGCGGCCGGCCACUGCCGACUCGCCAAAGCCCAGCGCCAAGAAGCAGAAGAAGAGCAGCUCGAAGGGGUCCCGGAGUGCUCCAGGCACCUCGCCCCGCACCUCUUCCUCCUUCUCGGACAAGAAGCCGGCCAAGGACAAGAGCAGCGCCAGAGGGGAGAAGGUGAAGGCCGAGAGUGAGCCCCGGGAGGCCAAAAAGGCCCUGGAGGUGGAGGAGUCCAACUCAGAGGAUGAGGCCUCCUUCAAGUCCGAGUCUGCCCAGUCAAGCCCGUCCAACUCCAGCUCCAGCUCAGACUGCAGCUCAGACUCGGACUUCGAGCCAUCUCAGAACCACAGCCAAGGACCCCUGCGCUCCAUGGUGGAGGACCUGCAGUCUGAGGAGUCCGAUGAGGAUGACUCUUCGUCAGGCGAGGAGGCUGCCGGCAAGGCCAACCCGGGGAGGGACUCCAGGUUGAGCUUCAGCGACAGCGAGAGUGACAACAGCGCUGACUCCUCCCUGCCCAGCCGCGAGCCCCCACCCCCCCAGAAGCCACCCCCGCCCAACAGCAAGGUGUCAGGCCGGAGGAGCCCUGAGUCCUGCAGCAAGCCCGAGAAGAUCCUCAAGAAGGGCACCUACGACAAGGCCUACACGGACGAGCUGGUGGAGCUACACCGGAGGCUGAUGGCGCUGCGGGAGCGCAACGUGCUGCAGCAGAUUGUGAAUCUGAUCGAGGAGACCGGCCACUUCAACGUCACCAACACCACCUUCGACUUCGACCUCUUCUCCCUGGACGAGACCACCGUGCGCAAACUGCAGAGCUAUCUGGAGGCCGUGGCCACAUGACCCUGGGCCGCGUGCCGGGCCCCCACCACCGGGGUCCUGGGAGGCUGCAGCCGGGCCCCGCCUGCCCUCCUCUCCCGUCUCGCCUGCCCGCAGCACUGCCUUAGCGACAGCCCUGUCCUCGCCCGCACGGCCCGCUGCACUUUCCUCGGCGGCUCCCUGCCCACUCUCCCUGCUCCAUCGCCAGGAGCCCUGGGGCCAGGCUGGGCCACACGCGAGCCACCCCUCGGGCUCCCCUCAGAGAGCGGCUGAUGUUGAAGGCAGCUCUGGGCAGAGACAGGGCCGGGGGCCCCUCGCCCAGCCUUGGGACCAGGCCCCACUCCUCGGCGGGCUGUGUGGCAGGGCGUGGCUGCCCCAGCCUUUCUGAGCAGCGGACCGCCGGCUGGGGAGCGUCUCCAGCCUCCUGAAUGGUUCAGAACACACCCUCUGCCCACCCUGGGCCUCAGAAGGCCCUGCCUGUGUGUCUGCGUCGUCCUCCGUGUAGACCUAGCGCCGGCUCCUCCCCGGCUCGCGCUGCGCUGGGGUCCGUGCUGUAUAGUUCUCUCUAUUAUAUAUGUGUGUGCACUGUCUGGUUAAGAGCAGUGUCCAUGUGCGUUUCUGUGGCAGCAGUGCACGUGGGGUGGGUGGGGGGUGCGUACGGUGGGGCUUGUAGGUUAAGAUGUCUCCGCGGUGUUGUGGGGCGGGAGGCCGAGCCAGGCACGGCAGCUGGCCCCUCCAGGCGCGUGGAGGAAUUCUCCCUUUGCCGUUCCAAGGAUGCCGCGGCCUCCUGCCCGGGCUCCCGGGGGGCAGCCAACACUACAAAGGGCAGUGAGUCCUCAGGGCGCCGGGGAGCCGCCACUCCGCUCUCGGGCUCUACUCAGACUAGCGCCAACAGUCUCCGGGGACAGACUCGCAUCGGCCGCCCUGGGGCUCGGCCUCCUCCCAUAGGCUCCUCUUCCUCUCUUUCAUUCAGCAAGUCUUCAAACUUUGAAAAAAAAUACGAGCUUUUGCCAAAUAAGACGGGAUAGUUUAUGGAGUUUUCUGAGGCGCGUUGGACUCCGGUCAGCCCCCUGAGCGUGGGCUCGGCCGUCGGCAGGCCCGGUGGGUUGGCCGGGCUGGCCCUCCCAGGCUGCCUUUCUCUCUGGUCGUGGCCUGGCCCGCCCCGGCCUCCACCGCCACAAUUCAUGCUGGUGCCGUGCCUGCAGCCCCACUCCUGGUAUGCCUGAGAUUCUCCAGGGGCCAAGCCGGUCCUCCUUCCCGGCCCACUCUUCCAGGACCAGGACGCUCCCGUGGAGCCAGCCCACCUUGGCUGAGGGUCCCAGGGACUGGAGGCCUGCCUGGUUAGCCUCCGUGUCCCAGACCUUGACUCAAGGCGCCUCCAGUCCUCCCAACCCCCUGACUUUCAAGUCCUUUCAAGUCCUCGUGCCCUGACCAAGUUAUGAGGAAUAGAGGGCUGAGGGCCUGGAGGUGGACUCGCGCCCCCUCGAGCCCCCCUAGAUGUCUCCUCCUCCCCAGCCUAUGAGCUCAGACUUGCGGGGCCCCAUCUGUCCCUCCCUGGGGUCCCUAAUCUUGUCCCUGCUCUGAUGCUGUCAGCAGACCUGAACACUCCUUGGUGGGGACCCCUGCCUCCAAGGCUGCCCCCAAUGCCAGCUGUCCUGGGGAAACUCCCCAGAACUCUCGGGGAAGGGCCCGAGAACCUUCCGAGGAAGCCUCCAGGACUCCUCGCCACCUGCUCUGUUUCUCUCCCGGCCCCACUGCCUUCAGGUAUCAGGAAGAGGGCAGGCCCUUGUGCCCCCUCUGCCCUUCCCAGGUCGGCCAACAAUACUCCACCAUGGGGCGCUUCCUUUCUUCUCUGGAAACUAAGACGUUGGACUGAAGGAACUGGCCCAAGGGGGCUGACUGGGGGCCUGUGCUGCUGGGUGCUCUAUGCACAGAGGCCGCCAGGGGUCAUGGACAGGAAUCUCAGCCCGGGAUGCUGGCCUUUCUCCUUCACGAGAGUCCCCCCCAGGAUCCACACAGCGACUCGAGCAGCCUUCCGCUCAGCCAGAGGAGGGCCGGGCUCCCCCGCCUGCUCUCGGUGGUGGCGUCUGGCCCUUCCUGCUGUUUCCAAGGCCUCCGGAAGCACCAACCCAGUUCUCAGUUACCUCCUCUGGCCGGAAGGCCUCACGUCGUCCUCCAGAGCUGCUCUGGGCCCAGGGCUGGCUCCGUGACCACCCGAUGGACGUGCCGGGCAGCACGGGCUCCAAAAGCAGCAUCCCCAGCUGCUCUCCCACCCCACCCCAGCUGCCCGGCGGCUGGGCCACGAGGGCUCUGGGGACACUUCCAUAGGAAGGGGCCCGGCACUUUGUGAUUGCCACGUGUUUCGUGAUAAGCCGCCUGCCCCCAGUGCAGAUCUCUGUGUUUUGCUCUCUCCUGAACAAAAAUGUAAACCGACGCCGGAAAGCAAAUGGUAUCGAAUACCUUUCUUGCCCAUAAGGGUUUUUACAAAGAAUGUGUCUCACUAGGAACUAGGACACUCAUCGGCCCGAGACCAACUCCUGGAUAAAAGGAAUAAGGAGAAUUGUGUUUGUAACGAGUUACAGGAUUGUUUCUUUCCUGGAUUUUAAACUUUUGUUAAAUUGUGAAAUUAUGGAGGAGUUUUAUAGAAAAACAAAGUGAAAUAAAGUCAGAUGGGAAAGCAGA